GCCCGCAUGGUCCAAAUGAUUACGCACGUUUUCAGCGUAAACGCUACUGUACUAAUUACUCAUCUUUUGUUCCCCAUUCAUAAGCUGCUACAAUAUCAUAACAGUACGCUUUCACUGUAUACUCCCCUUUAACUGGUGACGGCCCCUUUAAGGGUUAUGUAGAGAGAAGGGCUGAUGUAGGACGACUCCUCUGUGUGCGCUGCCAUCCUCAUCAUGGCCUCCAAACAACCGCCGCUGCAACCGAGAAUGAGCACGAGCAGACGAGCUGUUGGCCCUUUCCUUCCCCGCGCGGAGACCAACAACGUUAAGCCGAAACAGAGGCACCGGUAGAGGGGUGCGCGCCGGGGGAUCAAGCCUCCGAGCUCAUGCCACCCCGUUCUCCUCGAUGUCUUCGUCAAAAGCCACUUACAGCCAUUUGACAAAGAGGGAUGCAAACCCGGGCGGCGGCAGAAACAUGAACACGAAUAGGGAUUAUUCUAUCAAUCUAUCCGUGCAGCAAGUGCUGAGCCUCUGGGUGCAAGGCACGACGCUGCAACAUUUCACAGAGAUGUGGUACUGGGUGUUCCUGUGGUGUCUUUUCUCCUCGCUCUUCGUCCACGGGGCAAUGGGCCUGCUCAUGUUAGUCAUGCUGCAGCGCCACAAGAGGGGUCGCCUCAUCACCCUGGUCCUGGUCAGCGUGGGCUUCCUGGCCUCCUUGGCCGGUGGGGUCAUCACCAGUGCGGCCGUGGCAGGGGUGUAUCGUGUGGCAGGGAAGGACAUGGCCCCCCUCCAGGCCCUGGUGUUUGGAGUGGGCCAGACCACACUCUCUGUAGUCAUCUCCUUCUCACGUAUACUGGCCACUCUCUGAAGAGAUGACUCUGCUACACGGACAGACUAACUGACGAACAGACACACAAGAGAGGAGAGAGGAAAGGGGAAAGGAGGGACAUGUCCGAUAGACCGGAGUUCACAUCCCACCAGUUACACAAGCAGAGACGGCAAUGGGUGGCAGUUAACUGCAUGUAGUAUUUGAAGGGAAACAAACAGAGUCAAAUAGAAGAAGAGAAGAAGAUUGUGUCCCAGUCCUAGACGUCUAGACAUUUCGGGGAUGGAUGAAUGUGGAAGAGUGCCCCCUAGUGUCUCUGUUCAGCCACUGCUACGUUUGCUAGAGCUCCCUUUGCUACAAGGGACCUCUCAAUGCAGGCCUCACUUCUGUGUGUCAAAGACACACACUUCCUUGGGCUCUCCACCAGUUGGCGAUGUCCACAGACUCUGUCAAGUGUCAAGCCAGUGAAACCACAUCCUGAACUGAAAGCUAAUUUGAGGUUCUAUGUGCCGAUGUCCUCUGGGACUUAACUUCAGUGUUGUAAAGGAGAAUGCUUUCAUGGCCAUCUCUACAGACGAUUGAAGGCUUUCUGUUCUAUUUGUGGGGGGGGGGACUCCUAUUUUUAUUUUUUUACAGUAAAGACAAACCACAGCAACCUGUAAUUAAUUGAACAAUUCAAGUCUACGGUCCUUGAAGUGCCACGGUACUUUGAUGAGAUGGCCAGAACAGAAUUGGACUUGUGAAGACCCACCAUCAUUCUGACAUGCCUGAGGUUGUAAACGCAACGAUGAUGGUCAACCAAACUACCAUUCAGUGUUAAAAAAAUCUACCAACCACAAACAACUGGAUCUUCUGUCUUUGGAAAAUGAUAUCCUAAUAACCAUUCCUUCUUGUAAAGUAUUCUAACUACCACAGCAGGUUUUUUGUUUGCAACACUCUAUAAUGCUUAACCUUUGCACUUUCUAAAUGUUGGUGAUCCACCUCCUUUACCUAAGAGGUGUCUAAAUAGAGUAGGUUGUUGAGGUUCCGUUGGUUCAAGGUUACUAUGGAGAUAACCACUACGCUUGUUAAGGGCUCUGCAUACGCAAACGGAGCUGACGAAGGUCCAUCAUUUGCGUUGACAGUGUAGAGCCCUUUAGAUGUUUGUCAAGUCUAGACCAGUCCAGGUUGUCCAACGUACUCUGGGGAAAUAGCAACUCUGACCAUGAACCUUGUCUGGAGAGGGUCAGAGUUGCUACUUGGUUCUUACAGGGUUUUAUGGAGGUAAACUAAUGUAUUAACUGAAAUAAAAAGGAAGAAUUGUCCUAGUAGUAGCAGCUGUAUUGCUUCUUGAGGAAUAUCUCUGAUAGAGUAUCUCUUGGAAGUUUUACUGUCUGUGUUGUGGUGCAGAUUUACUGUUAAGGUUUAGCGGUUGGAAUCCAGCCGCUACUUGGCUGUUGUGAUAACAAUGUUGUCCUGACUCCUAUAAAUCCCACUCCAUAGAGAGCCAUUCCUGGAGAAGGUCAGAGACUUAGUGUGCAUCCCAAAUGGUACCCUUUCCCUAUAUAGUACACUGCUUUUGACCAGGGUCAGUAGGACUGUAUAGGGAAUAGGGUGCCAUUUGGGAAGCAUCCUCUACUGCUGCUGAAACAGCCAUUUUCUAUGGCUCCCUGCCUUCCUCCCUGUUAGUUCUUGCUGAUCGUGUGUGUAUUGUUUGUGUUUUAACUAAGUUUGACUUUGCAUAUUGCACUGACAACGGCCUGCCUUUAUUUCGCACAGUUUGUUUUAUGAUAUUGGUCCCAGUGGGUGACCCAUAGAUCCAUAUAGGAUUUUAUACAGUAUGUCCCAUCACCAGUACACACAGCGGGUCCCAAAAAGCAGGUUUUUGUCCAAAAUGGCACCCUAUGCCCUUCAUAGUGCACCCUUUUUUGACCGUAGCCAUAUGGGUUUGAGAACCACUGCUGUGGUUUUGGAGGUGCUUUUGGGACUGCAGAUCAAUGUUUUUUUUGUGGGGCCCUGUGGGACUAACCAUAAUGAAUGUGUUUGUGUCUGUCCUGUCCACCCUCUGGAACAGUUCACGUUUAUUAACCAACUAUAGGACAGGUCUUACUGCAUCCCAAAUGGCACUCUGUUCCCUACAAUGUGCACUACUUUUCACCAGAGCCCUAUGGGGGAAUUUGGGACGCACACAUUCACUCCUGGAAUUGAAGGGUUGCAAGGCCCACUGGUUUGUACCUUACAAUGUCAUUUCAUUUUUUAUCAAUAGCUGACGAUAUCCCAUCUCAGUCACUUUCAUUUGUCAGUAAAUGACUGUGGACCAAUAAAACAAGGCCCUCUGCUGCACCCUAAACUAGGUGUGAAUACCACACCAGGCCCUCUCUGGAAACAAAGGGUUUGUUUUUAUGCCAAAGGACUUCAUUCUCACAUGUUAGCUUUAUUUGUUAAGGGUUCCUUACUUUUUGAUUGUUGUUAUUAUUGCUGAGAAAGUAUGAAUCACUUUAAUAUCAGAACCAUUAUUUUGCACUGAGCUAAACAGAUUUAAAAUCCCCAAACCCACAAAAAGUUAACAAAAUUUGCUUCAUUUUGGCUUAAUAUGAAAUUCCAGUGUGUGACCUAAUUGAGUGAUCUAAGAGUGUUUACCAAUGAAAGUGGUUGCUCUGUUUUUUCCUUAGUUAUGUAAUUGACACCACUCACCUUCAAUACCCAGUCUGCGCACCAGAGGGAGCCAGUACGCUGAGUAUUGAAUAAGUGAUAGUAGUAGCCAGUGUCAGUGGUGGAUUUGGAUUGAUACAGUAAUGAUCGUGGUUGUUGUAUAGAAGAAAAUAUACCUGUGGCAGUUUUUUGAUAUUGUCAAUUUGUAUUUGAUUCUAAAAUGAAUUCCUGAGGCUUCCAGAUGGUCUGGAAACGACUGUGUUUGAUAAUUUGCCUAAUCUAAUAUGACUAUCCAAUACUAUCUCUCUCAGAACUAUCUGAUUAAACAAAAUACUUGGAUAAAACAAACUAUAAUCAGCAAAUACUAUUAAUGAUCAAAUUCCCCAGAUCAACUGAAUUCAUAUUGUAUUAGUGAGUUAUUACACUCAUUUUAAUAUUUUUGGCUCGAGUUCGGAGACCAAAUGUGAGUUAUUUCUGAUGGCUCUACAAUGCUGUCAUAGCAAUAUUAUCUAGAUAUUUCUGUUUGUGAAUGAAACUGCGUUUGAGAGUUGGGUAUGGUGCAUAGGACUUGUGACAAGAGUGUUGUUGUGUGAUGUUGUACUGUAUGUCUGUGUGGUUGUAUAUGUGAGUGUUACAUGCAUUAACUUAAUGUUUUUUCAGAAGGGGCCUGCAAUACAAUUGUCAUUGCAGCAUCUGAAAUGCUUUAUCGGGUUGAGCAAAAGGGGUAAGGACCUUGUCAUAGGUGUAACACUGACUGACCCAGUGUGUUCAUAAAUGUUGUCUUACUGAGCAAUGUCUUACAUAAUGUGGUUUUAAAAUCAAAAAAAUAAUAAUGUAAUCUACAAGGUGUUCACAACUACUUUUCUGCCAACAAACCUCCAAGCACUAUUCUUGUUGAGAGACAAAGAAGCAUAGCUUUUGUUGUUCAGAUCAGUGCACCGCGAUGCAUCGGCUAUUAAGGUAAAUAAAAUACAAAGUUCUCAUCAGAGGGAUGUGUACCAUGUCAUGUACUGGGAACACACAUAGACAUCAUGACUGCGCCAUGGACAGUAUUUUGAUACCCAUAACAUGUAUUUGUCUAUACAGUCUAUUACCACAUUUCAGAACGUCAAUGUGUGUGCCAUGAAUUCAAAUGUUUGGAAUCUGAUGAGGACGAGUAAGAAUUGGGUUGUCUGUUUUUGGUUGUAUCCCUGUGUGAUUGUGGGUAAUCCUUGGUUUACACUGCAACAACUCAAAGGGGACAUUCUGCAACAGAUGAUCCCGAUGGUUUUAAAUAGCACCAACUGCCAUCUGACCGUACGAAGCCCUGUCCUAGAAUCCUCCUCUCUGUGUUCCUUAUGAGUUUAUAGCCUAUGCCACCCCCUCAGUUCUCUCCAGUGUUGUACAAAAUGCCACUUACUUUCCACUGAUAAGUCUGCCCCUCAGCAAUUGCAUGCGCAAUACAACUCGGAUAAUGUGUGUGAAUGGAUUUGGACAAUCCAUUAUAGACAAUGGUGUGCAAAACAAGUGACACAUGUAGAUAAUGUAUAAUAUGUUUUUUAAUUUUGUACCAGCGAACCGCUGAUGUUUAUAACUUGCCUAUUUAUGUACAAAUGUUCUCCUGUACAUACUGAGCAGUCAGUUGGAAUAAAAUGUUUUACAGUAAAAAAACA